UUUCAUAACCACAACCACUGAACACAACCAGUAAAAAAUCAAAACACAAUAUCAAAACAUUGGUGUUUAAUUUCGAAUGGAAGUCACAAAAUUACCUCAGAACUGUUGAAAGAGAGAAAGAGUUUGAUUUUAUUGUUGCAGCUUUCAAUAUGAGAGUCAAAUGACCCAAAAAUGAUAUGCAGGGGUUAUUUAAUUACCCCAAGGGCAGUCAGUAAAGCAUUGGAUGAGUACAUCGUGCGACUUUACUCUGGUAAAACUAGUAAUAGAAGUCCAUAUGAUGUUCUUGGAUUGAAGAGCUCAUGUACAACAAAAGAUGUGAAGCAAGCCUAUAUAAAAAUGUGUAAGAAACUGCAUCCAGACAUAAAACCAGGAGAUUCUUCUCAGCAUAAGAAAUUCGUUGAACUUAAUGAUGCUUAUACAACACUUGUGAAUACUGACAGUAGACGACAAUUUGACAAUAAGUCCUGGAAUCCAGUUAGAAGAUCUCAUUCAGAAUAUCAACAAACAUCUGGACCUUAUGAUCAGGGUUCUUGGAAUCAAGAUUCUUCAUGGAAUGAUAGACCAGAAUUUAAAGAAUAUUUCUAUCAGCAUGGUAAAACAAGAAAAGUGGAUCCUGCACAUCGCAUAAAAAAUAUAUGGAUUGUUUCUGGCUGCUUUAUCCUUGUUGCUAUAGGUUCUUUGUUGUACUUAAUUGCAUAUAACUAUGCCAAAAUGUAUACUUUAACAAAAGUGGAUGAGAGAAGUAAAAUGAUCAGUGAAUAUUAUAGUGGUAUACGAAAAAAUGCUGAAGAGCAGAGCAGGCAAGAACAGCUGGAAAAAUUAAAGAAAAAAUGGUCUUUAUAGCUACAAAAUAUUGCCUCUGUUACUGUGUUAGUAUUUAAUACUGUGACGUAUUUAAUAUUCAAAUUAAUAAAUUGAAACUUUAUUCAUGUGA